UGAUAUUACUCAUUUGUUGUUGGGCAAAGAUUGUUCGGUUUGCUUUGUGUUCAGCAUCUAACCCAGUUUGGCUUGCCAGCGAUCUUCUGCAGAACGUUCUCAGGUGUAAUUGUGCCCUAUAUUUCCCGAAAUCCUGCAGCAUGUCAGCAGCUCCAAAUGGAAAUGAAAAUUCUCCGUUAAUUCCAAAGGAACCAGAUGAACCACAUUCCACACCUGGUAGGGUGACAAGUACGGCUACCAAUUCAUCUGACUCCAAUAGUGCCUUGAGUCAACGACAGAGGGUCCAAAAUGCAGUGUGUAUUCUUGUCACAGAAUUAUGUGAGCGCAUGACCUUCUAUGGAGCAUCUGCAAAUCUAGUUUUAUUUUCCAAGAAUGUGUUAAAGCUACAGUCACCUUGGCCAUCAACAAUCACUCUUUUGUUCACAGGAACAUGUUUUCUCAGCCCUUUACUUGGUGGGUGGUUAGCCGAUUCUUACCUUGGUCAGUAUAACACCAUAUAUGGAAGCUCUUUGCUCUAUUUUGUGGGAGUUGUGCUUCUAGCCACAGUAUCAACUUCUGAUAAUUUGUUGAAAAGCAUAUUUAAUGCAUCGGGAAGAGUGGUGUUCUUUAUCCUGGCCCUUGUGUUGAUAGCAUUUAGUGCAGGAGGAAUCAAAGCCAAUGUGUCACCCUUUGGAGCAGAUCAGUUGAAACAGGAUGGUCCAAGAGCUCUUCAGACCUUUUUCAACUACUUUUACUGGUUCAUUAACAUUGGAGCCUUCCUAGCUUUUACUGUGGUGGUUGCAGUCCAGCAAAAAGACAUUUUCUCUGGUUAUGCCAUUGUAGUGGGUUCUAUGUUGCUUGGAAUCAUUGUAUUUCUCACCUGUCGCAAUAGGUACUUGGUCAAGCCACCAGGUGGUAGCCAACUAACUGAAACUGCAAAAAUAAUUCACAAUGCCAUAAAAAAUCGGAAACAAAACACUGGUGGCUGGAUGGAUGGAGCAAAGAGCAGAUUUGGAGGAAAGUUUGGUGAUGAUCAGGUUGAAGAUGUCAAGGCUGUGUUAAGACUACUUCCUGUGUUCAUCACUUUCAUCUUCUAUUUUUCAGUUUACUCCCAGAUGUCCACGUCAUUUCUCAUUCAAGGUACAUACAUGAAGCUAAAUUUUGAUGGCUUUUCUGUGCCAGCAGCAUCUUUGUCAUUGUUUGAUAUAGUUAUCAUUCUGGUGCUUGUUCCCCUCAUGGACCAUGCAAUUUAUCCUCUUAUUGAGCGCAGCGGGAUCAAGUUGACAUCCUUGCGGCGCAUUGGUGUAGGGUUCGUUUUAUCAGCAGCUUCUAUGCUUGUAGCUGGGCUGAUUGAAAUAAAACGAAGGACAGUGUGGCAACAUGGGGACAUUUGCAUACAGAUGGUUUUUAAUGAGAGUCACAGUGCCUCAUGUUUCAGUAUUUUCUGGCAAGCACCACAGUUCUUAUUGGUUGGAUCUAGUGAGGUGUUUGCAACCAUUACUGGUCUAGAAUUUGCAUAUUCACAGGCUCCUGAAUACCUUAAAGGAGUGAUCAUGGCCCUUUUUCUAUCAGCCUCUGGCAUAGGAAGCUAUAUUGCAAACUUUGUAGUUGCUAUUGUCAGCAGCAAUUGGUACCCUGAGAAGGAUCCCAAUCAAGGUCAUAUGGAGUACUUCUUCUUCAUGAUGGCUGGUUUGAUGACACUUAAUUUCUUGUUGUUUCUGUUCAUUGCAUCCUCCUACAAAUACAAGGAAUCAUCCUCACAAAGUGAAGAGACUGAGGAGGACCAGGAUGCCCAUGAACUGACUAUUAGUGUUUCAUCUGUGCAUGGCUGAGUAACAUGUGUCAAUUUGCUACUGAAUGUGCAAAAACUGUGGUGUGCACCUGUCAUGUAGGAAGUCUUUAGUGCAUGGGCUUUGAGACAAUGCCGGCAAUCAAAGUGAAGGGAUUGCAUGACUGAUGUAGUAUAGAAUAUAGUUCAAGUGCAAAUCAUCUAAAAGCAUACAGGAACUAACAAAAAAAGGAAUCUCUAUUUUUUCCAGUAUGUGUUCUGACCAUGAUUAAGGUAAAAAAGUUCAAGGAGUUUGGAUUCUAUUUCCAGGAGAGAAUGUGAAAAGCAGAUCCAAACUCUGUGGGAGCUAGUGGUGGAAAAAAAAUUAAUGUUAAAAAAAAAAAGGAGACAAAAAAGUUCCAAAAUAAAUAAACUAUUUGGCAAGUUUUUACCAUUCAAGAAUUCUACAAUUUAUAUUACUACAUACCACACAUGAAAAUCAUGCUUCUGGUGUGCACUGAUUGGUUAAUGCGGAAGUGGAUAGCAAGUGCUAGGCAGCUGAUGAGACAAAAUCGCACAUCACAAGUUUAAUUUCCAACUAUUUUUCUGUAAAUUUAAAGAAUUUAAAUUAUUUUUUGGUAUCUGUGUGGCAUAUACUAGAACACUAACUUGGCAAAAUUUCUGCACAGCCCCAUACUUCAUUAUGCAUCCAUAUAUGGGGCUUUAUUAUUCAGUCGGCUGUGCGGAAAUUUUUCCCACGAACUCAUCUGAGUGUUGGUAAACAUUGUGGAUAUUUACCUUAUUCACCAUUACUCACCUCCAUUUUGGUGAAUAAUUAUUGUUAAUUAUAUCAGUUUCUGGACAAUUUUAGUUAUUAAGCUUGCAUGUUACUGUAGGUUGACUAAAAAUAUCUGAGAGCAAAUAUUUUGAUUUUGUGUUUGUUAGCCUUAUAAAUGAGAGAACUUGAGUACUCUAUUCCUUUCACAUAAU